ACAAAAACAAGGGAAAGAUGAUAGGAUCUAGAGAGCUCUACAACGUUGUUUCCGCCACCUUCCCUUUGUAUGUUCCUGUCGUUCUAGGCUAUGGCUCCGUGAGGUGGUGGAAGUUCUUUAGCUCCGACCAGUGCCAGGGCAUCAACAAGCUCGUCGCGUUCAUCGUCAUACCCUUCUUCACCUUCGACUUCAUUUCAGGCGUCGACCCUUUCCAUCUGAACCGCCGCUUCCUCGCCGCCGACGCCGUGUCCAAGGCCAUCGCCGCGGCGGCGUUGCUUCUGUGGGCUAAGUUCUGCAGCAAGGGGAGCUAUCUAUGGACUAUAACCGGCUUUUCUCUCUCGACACUCUCAAAUACAUUGGUCGUAGGCGUGCCAUUGCUGAACGCUAUGUAUGGGAAAGUGGGCCAAGAUUUAGCGAUUCAGUCUUUCCUGCUGCAAGCCAUGGUGUGGUUCACAGUGGUGGUGAUUGUGCUGGAGGUGCGGAAGGCAAGGAACAGCUUGGUCUCAAUCACUGAUUCUAGCAAUAUGGAUGACCAUGUUGUGCCAAUUGAGCAUGAGGAGUCUGCAGAAGGAGAUCAAGAGAGAGGAAGGUCGAGUAGUGCAGGUACUGAUCAGAAGCCGUCGCUGAAGGAAGUAAUGAAGGUGGUGUGGCUCAAGAUUGUGGUGAACCCUAAUACUUGUGCUAGCAUCGCUGGUCUCAUUUGGGCUUUGGUUUCUACUAGGUGGCACUUUGGUAUGCCGAGCUUGAUCAGAGGAUCUGUGCUCAUAAUGUCCAAAGGUGGUGGAGGAAUGGCGAUGUUUAGUAUAGGGCUUUUCAUGGCAUCGCAGGAGAAGUUGUUCGCAUGCGGACCCAAGUUGGUGUUGUUAGGCAUUGUGUUGAGAUUCAUUGCUGGGCCCGCGGCCAUGGCCGCUGCUUCCAUUGCUGUUGGUCUGCGUGGCACUGUCCUUAAUAUAGCCAUCAUUCAGGCAGCACUGCCACAGGCAAUCGCUUCCUUCGUCUAUGCGAAGGAGUAUGAGGUGCACCCUGAGGUGAUCAGCACAGCGGUCAUCUUGGGGACGCUUAUCUCAUUGCCUGUAUUGAUCGCCUAUUAUGUGGUUCUUGAGCUCCUGAACUGACGCAUGCGUGAUCUUCAUUAACGUCCAGGGCACAUUGAUCAGCUAAAGUUAGAUCAGUUUGGCCCUCCAAGAAUCAACUGAUCUCUUCUCCAUGUGUUUUGCAUAAGA